UUGAACAUUUGUGUCCAUUGGACAUUUAAAGUAAUCUUCUUCUAUGUUUUUCUCCAGGACAUCUUCAAGCAGGCGACAGAGGACUGUCURACGGGGGCCAACGAGAUGCCCUACUUCGAGGGGGACUUCUGGCCCAACGUGCUGGAGGAGAGCAUCAAGGAGCUGGAACAGGAGGCGGAAGAGAGGAAGAAGGAGGAGAACGUAACCUGCUCCGACACACCUGAGGGCACGCCAGGGGACACGAAGAACGCCAAGAAGAAGAACAGCAAGAAGACCAAUAAGAACAAGGGCAGCGUGAGCCGAACCAAUAAGAAGAAGCCUGGCAUGCCGAAUGUAGCCAAUGACCUGUCCCAGAAGCUCUACGCCAGCCUCGACAAACACAAAGAGGUGUUCUUUGUGAUCCACCUGCACUCRGCCCAGAUGGCCAACAUGUUGCCCCCMAUCAUGGACCCUGACCCCCUGCUGAACUGUGACCUGAUGGACGGCCGUGACGCCUUCCUCACCCUGGCCCGGGACAAGCACUGGGAGUUCAGCUCUCUCAGAAGGUAAUGAUAAUAGAUUUGAUUUGUAUAGUGCUUUUCAUA